AUGGGUCCUUCUCAUUUCCAUCCCGCCUUGCGGCUUCUUAUAUUGCUUUCAUUGUUUUCCUUCGCUACCGCGUACAGUCGUGCCAACACUACUACUACGGGGAGUCGUGGUAUACAGGUGAACACUCAUACCCGGGCCCGCUACGGCCCCAAUAUCGGAUUGGCGACGUCGGACGACACGACAUAUACAGUGAACAUUACCCUCGGGGGGCAGAACUUCACUGUCCUGCUUGAUACUGGGUCCACGGAUCUAUGGAUUAAUAGCAAAGGCAUCGACCUCGUGCUGACCAACACUACAAACCUGUCCGUUACCGAGACAUACGGAAUAGGAGAGGUGCACGGAACUCUUCAGUAUGCGGAGCUGAGAGUUGGAGAAUACGUAGUUCCUUCGCAGGCCUUUAUCAAUGCUACGCAGAUAUCAGACUUCGAUGUCGUUGUGGAUGGUAUGAUGGGGAUGGCUUUCGAUUCCUCCUUCAUCUUUGCCGAGACGAGUGCGGCCUGGGGUCAGGAGAGUGCAAGUGUCCUGGGUCGCUCAUUCAUCACCAAUCUCUUCGCCGAAAACUCCUCGCUCCCCAACAAUUUUGACGUCCAGUUAGGUCGCUCGGACGCCGUGGAGGAUGGUUGCGGUACCUUCGUCAUCAGCGGCCAUGCACCGUCCUUCGUCAACGUAACGCACGCUUCUAAGAUUCCGCGCAUCGGAACAGACAGGUGGGCGUUCGCUGUGGACGAGAUGAGGGUCAACGGCAAAACCGUAUCUUUCAACAAGUCGUCUGUCGUUGCCGGCGCACCUGCCGGCAAACUCGUUGCUAUGCUCGACACCGGAUAUUCGUUCCCCCCAAUCCCACCUGCCGCUGUCGACGCCAUCUACAGAACUAUUCCAGGCUCGAUCUUCUCGGCCCCCGACAACGAAUACUUCGUGCCCUGCAACUCGACCACUAUGGUCUCCUUCUUUCUUGGCGGCCAAGAGUUUCCUGUCCAUCCUUUGGAUCUCACCUACCCGUUCGCGAACACGGUACCUCUUGAGGAUGGGACACAGGCAAACGUUACUGUCUGCAAGGGCACGUACCAACCUAUCGACCUCGACCCCACAUCUUUCGCUGGUUUCGAUAUGGCCCUCGGCGAUGCUUUCCUGCGGAACGUCUGCGUAUCUUUCGAUUACGGUGACUUCAAUCCUUGGACUCAUGUUGAGGGCACUCCUUUUGUCCAGAUAGUCUCGAAGACCGACUCCCGAACCGCGGUGGCUGAAUUCUAUGAUGAGCGGGGAGCCACGCUCGCUGGUCUUCCUCCGAUGAUCGAUCCCGCCGAGUACCUUCGCCUCUGGGACGCCUUCUCCGCCUCCACCUCCGCAACGGUUACGACCACGGCCACGGCCACGGCUUCUACCACCACCACCUCUAGGUUCGCCUUUGCAGCUACUUCCUCAGACCUCGCUUCCGCCACUGCUUCCUCUCCCUUCGCUUCUGCCUCCGCCUCCGUCUCCACCCUUGCUCCUGGAAAGGAUGCAGUCCGCGGUGCGAUAACCAUCGACGACGCCACCGGAAACUCGCUAUCUGACUGGAGCAAGACGUUCCGGACCGCCGUUCUCGCACUGCUGGGAGCGAAUUUGCUUAUUGGACUCGCGUUGCUGGGCGUUACCGUCACUAUGUGUGUGCGGGCGAAGAAGGGGCGGAAUGUUGGCUCGCAGUACGUUCCGGUUCGGUUCAAGGAUUCGGAGGCUACAGGACACGACGCGGAGUACAGCGCACGUCGUUAUGGCUCGGAUUGA